CACCUAAAAGUGAGAGGUCAAUCGCUCACCUGGCCGGCCUGAAGUUUGUGUGAAUGAGAUUCAUCUGUACGUACUGUUGCAGCCGUCACAUUGCAUUGCUGGCAAACUUACUUUGCAAAGACACAAGAACCUGUUGCAUCAAGAAGUUGAGCGGCCGUACACGAGAGCUAGCCGCCCUAUAAACUACUAAGUAUGGGGAAUGCAGUGGACAAGGGAAGAGGGCAGGGCUACUAUGGUGGAACUGGAGAACAUAUCUCUUAUGAAGAAGCUGAAGAUUUUCUAGUAGUCACUCUGAGCCCUGCUGCUAUAGACAACGCUCUGCCUGAGAAUCAACGAGCUCCGAAAUCUCCCUUUGAAGCCACGGCAACGACCACUGCUGUAGAACGGACAGUCCACCUUGAGGGCAGUAUCGACUCCGGCUACGCUGAAGUACACGCUGCUAACAAAUGCGUGACAAGGGGGACCAGCCCUGAGCAAAUCCCAACCAAACCUGCAGAGAAUGCUGACGUCAAUGUGGUUGGACUGAGUGACCCUGACUGCAGGACUGCCAAGAGUCUGGGCAAUUCCCACGGUUUCUUUGGAUUCCGUUACUAUAAUUACAAUGACGCUGAGUGUGAAGGGAAUAAACACAUUCUGGACGAUGAUCUCUGAUUAUAACUUUCAAAUGCACUCCACACCUCACUAUAUCAAAUUUUCAAACCUUUAUGUUAUAGCUUGUAAAUAUCACGUUUUUAUGUUAUUCUGCCCUUUUGCUGUGCAAAUGAUGGCACUGAAUCAUUAAUAAUAUCAAGAGUUAGCUACUCUUAAUUGUGCAAAUCACUUCACUUUUUUUGGUGUCUCUGCAAUUAUUGUGCACGUACAAUUAUUAUCUAUAGUCCUGUUAAUUGUGUUAAUAAUAAGAAUGUUGUCUCCAUCA